CAAAAGGGUACAGCAACAAUUUGCUGCGGCUGUGUAUAAUAUGACUUGUGUCGAUCGAGAAUAAAUCUGCAGAUUUGUGGAGUAUUUAGUGAAUUACCAAAGUGAAAGGGAAAUAAUGGAACGAGUCAGAGCUACAUUUUCGUUCGGUAGUGGCUGCUUUAUGCCGACACGAAUGCUUGUUUGCAUAGCUGUCGGGGUGUUUGCGGUCCAAAUUCAAGCGGAUCCUCCUGCCUGCAUUAGGCCUGACCACCCAAAUCAUAAUGACUGCCCGGAACCUACAGAAGCGUCUCAGCCUCAGACAACCCCAAAAUCGGAAACCACACCAACGCCGACCGAAGCGCUGUCAACUCAAACACCACCAUCGACUACCCCAAUACUCACUACUGACCAAACCAUCACCACAGCAAACCCGACCACCACCCCGGAGCCACUCACAACAACCGAGCCUCUUACGACGUCAGCAAGCACUGAGCCAAUCACUACCGACCGGACAACCCAUGCGAGCCCGACCACCGCCCAAGUGCCGCCUACAACAACUGGGUCACUUAUGACGUCAGCAAGCACUGAGCCAAUCACUACAGACCAAACCACCCAUGCGCACCCGACCACCACUCCGGAGCCGCCUACAACAACUGGGCCACUUAUGACGUCAGCAAGCACUGAGCCAAUCACUACCGACCAAACCACCCAUGCGAACCCGACCACCACUCCGGAGCCGCCUACAACAACUGGGUCACUUAUGACGUCAGCAAGCACUGAGCCAAUCACUACCGACCAAACCACCCAUGAGAACCCGACCACCGCCCCAGUGCCGCCUACAACAACUGGGCCACUUAUGACGUCAGCCAGCACUGAGCCAAUCACUACCGACCAAACCACCCAUGCGCACCCGACCACCACUCCGGAGCCGCCUACAACAACUGGGCCACUUAUGACGUCAGCAAGCACUGAGCCAAUCACUACCGACCAAACCACCCAUGCGAACCCGACUACCGCCCCAGUGCCGCCUACAACAACUGGGUCACUUAUGACGUCAGCAAGCAUUGCGCCAAUCACUACCGACCAAAUCACCACAGCAAACCCGACCACCACCCCGGAGCCGCCAGCACCAACUGGCCCAAUUAUGACGUCAGCAACCACUGAGCAAGUUACUACGUCAAUUGUGUCAUCAGCAGGUACUAUACCUACGGAACCACUGAAAUUGUCCGUCUCCACUGACAAGUCCCAUCAGGAUGAGGAGGAGUUCAUCUCUAACAUUGAAGACGAACUCAAAGAAUGGCUCAAGACAAUUGAGGUUUUGCCUGGCAACACGCCUAUCGAAACACUGACUAAUGCGUCAAAGAAAAUAUUGGACAACACAUAUGGUCUCCUGGAAAUGAAAGACAAACCGGCAAUACUCACAGAGAUGGCAGUGACUACAGUUGUUGAGAGUAACUUGGCGAAGAUCGUUGGUGGUCUGCGUCCCGACGAAACGCUUGAUAUGACCGUUGGCGAUGCCGUGGUUCAAGCGAAAUCUUUCCAGACAUCUGAGGACUUUGGUGGCUACGUCUUCAAAGCUGGGCAAUCUAAGAAGGCUGCUGACAAAGAUAAAGACCAUUCAGAGGGUCAUGGAGCAACUCUUGAGAUAUCAACAGGAUCAACGGAAGAUAUCAAUGGGUCUUUCAGCGUGUUAGUUAUCUAUACAGACAGCAGCAACACGUCCGAGGUCACCCACCUUGUAGCAGAUAACAGCACCAACGGUACAUCUUACGUUAAUAGUGGAAUCUUGACCUGUAGUGUGUUGACUGAAGGCGAAGCACUAGAGGUUGCUCUCAAAUUCUCUCUGUAUCAUAAACCGUACUUGCCGGCUGGAGACCAAAAUGUGCAACGUUUAUGUAGUUUCUGGAACAAUACUCGAAGGGUUUGGUUAACAGAGGGUUGCAAAACGGAAGCUUCUGGCAACACUUCGUCUUACACCUCGUGCUCCUGUAAUCACAACACAAGCUUCGCUAUCCUACUCCGAGUUACGGAUAGUCCGGUCUCUGAUCAGGGAAACGCUGAUAUUGCCACAUCUUUACUCAGUAGUAUUCUGGGCAGUCUGUCCAUACUCUGUCUUUGUAUGGGUUUAGCGCUGUAUACCUACCUCAGGCUAUUCAAGUUUCUACAGAUUAAAGUGCACGCAAAUCUCAUGGGUUCUCUGCUGAUUGGACAAAUCAUAUUCCUCACCGGCAUCAACGCAACUGAGAAUCUCAUUCUGUGUAAGAGCGUCACUGUUCUGGUCCAGUUCUUCUUUAGUGGAACUUUCUGUUGGAUGCUGAUUGAGGGCGGGCUCCUGUUCCAGAGAGCGAGGAUGGUCUCCAAGCAGCAGCCGAAGAUACUUAUCCUGAUGCUGAUUGGCUGGGGUGUUCCAUUUUUGAUCACGGUGAUAUCCUUUGCAGUUGGUUUUGAAGAUUAUGGACGUGAACCUGCUUGCUGGUUGUCCACAAAACGAGGACAAAUCUGGGCGUUUGUGUCCCUAGUUAUUGUCGUCAUCCUGGUGAAUUUAGGGAUUCUUGUUAUGGUCAUGCGAACAUUCAUGUCACUCAAAAUGAACACGGACAAAGACAACGCCGACAAAAUCAGAGCUAGUUUCCGUGCCAUGGUGGUCCUCGUACCCAUCCUUGGUCUCACGUGGGUAUUCGGCUUCUUACAGAGUACGUCAGUCGCAUUUGAAUAUCUCUUCGUCAUCUUCAACUCUUCACAGGGAUUGAUGGUUUUCAUCUGUCAUGUGGUUAUGAACAGUGAGGUUCAGAAGGCAUUCAAGCGGCGGGGAAAGAACAAAGUGUCGGCCUCUUCUGGGCAUUCAAGCGAUCACUCAGAUACACAAACCCGAAAGACUAACACGACGUCAGCGACAGCAUUCUAGCACUUUGUGGAAAGUCAGAUGAGUACAUGCAGAUAGCUGCUCAGCCCUAUCAUGACAAACAGUCUAACUCGCAAAAUUAACUUUUUGGGGAAAGCAGGUACAGAGAUAAGCUGUUUUGCCAUAAAAACAGAAAUGUGUAAAAAAAAUAAGCCAAGGUGGGACGUGUUCUAUUAAAUGAUAUUCUAUGAUACCCAAGCCUACAUCCGUAUGGACUGUAAAAGGGGUAACCCUUUUUCAGCCCUAGGAUAAGGUGGCAACGGCCACUGGAAAAAUAAUAAUUGUAGCCCACACUUUGAAGUGGCCUUUAGGCCUUGUAUGCUGGCGUCUUGCAUAACAAAAUAAAUAAAAAAACAUUUAGUAUGCCUUUGAAACUUUGAAAUACGAAAGCACCCUAAAUUUACCCAAAAUUAUGUUGUACAUGUAUUCAAAAAUAUAUUUACCAGAUCGGGUUAGGCUAUGUUGCCAUGGACGGGCCAUGUUCGACCUCUUAGAACUUCUGAGGUUAAAAGGGCAAAAUUGCCUUCAAAUCUCUCGAUAUGUUGCUGUUUGGAAUUGCUCUUUAUAUUUUGUCAUUCACUAAAGCACAGUGUGUUUUCAUGUGAGCCUUUGGAACUCUAGGUGGCAGCAGACUUAAAUUUUCACGGUUUGUGUAUUUUUUAGCGUGGUCACAUUAUCGAACGCGGAGAGCACCUUGCAGUACCGCUGCAUCUCGACUAUCUCACCGCGUAAGACCAUAAACGACUUGUCCACAAGUCUAGUUUUGUGAUGAAUGAUUACAGUUGAAACUUUAUAUACUCUGCUUGUUAAUAUAAAGAAAUUAUAUUAAAAUAUUUAGAUAUUUAGAAAUUAAUCAAAUAUUAUCCCUCUGUACAUAAUAUAUACAAUCCUUGAAUUGUAUUUUUCAAUUGUAUAAAAAAUUGUAAUCCAGAAAGUAUUUAUCGUUGCUGUUUAUGAAAAUGUGAAUACUUGGAGGUGUUGCACCAGGGUGUAAAUCGUGCGGCUUUACUGUUCGUCAUUUGUUUUGUCAAUUUGCAUGGGAUAAGGGACUACUACUCUAACUAUGUGGCUUUGCGGGCGUCGCCUGAAAUGACAAAUCUUCGGUAACGCUCUUGUAAAGCUGUCUACUAUGAGCUGAAUGAGCUGAGUUUGGGGGGUCAGCUCAUAGUAGACAGGUGCUUUUGUGUUGACUAACGCUGGCUCGGCAGUCGGGGCACCAUACCCACGAAAAGCAGGAAGCUGCCACAUCAAUGCAUGAUGUCAUCGUCAGCCAAUCACCGUGAAAGAAAACCAUGCUGUUUAAUGGUUGAUUUUUUCGUAACGGGAGUUUUGGACUACACUAGCUACGAUCCGGUCUCGCUUUAAACAUUUCCGGGAAGAAUAUGAAAUAAUCUAUCCGUAUUUACUAAUUGGGACUGUUGCCGACAUUCAUAUCGGGAAAACCUCCGUGUUUUUGUGGCUUGUUUUCUUUCUUUGAGUUGCACAGAUUGUUCUUCAUACAAAACGACAGAUGUGCUCUUGAUUUCAAUGAACUGCUACAUUAUUUCUGUUUAUACUUUUCAGGUAAGGCCGAAAAGACUGAAUUUCAGCAGCCCUUUGGACUAAUUAAAGUUUCAAACCGAGGUCACGCAUGAAAAAACACACUUAAAUGCUGCGGGUAAAACCCGGCAAUAGGAGACUUUCCGACGCUAGGUGGCAGCAGACAUACCGGGUAAAUUUCCAUUGUUUACGUAGUUCUAAACA